CCCUCGGUGGCAGCGCGCAGGUGACAGCGGCGGCGGCCAUGCAGGAGCCCCUGCUGGGAGCCGAGGGCCAGGACUAUGACACGUUCCCCGAGAACCCGCCCCCGGCGCUGGGGGAGAGGACGCGAGUCGGGGCCCCGCAGAACAAGAGGGUCUUCCUGGCCACCUUCGCCGCCGUGCUGGGCAACUUCAGCUUCGGCUACGCCCUGGUCUACACGUCCCCGGUCAUCCCGGCCCUGGAGCGCUCCCCGGAUCCGAACCUGAGCCUGACCAAAGUCCAGGCAUCCUGGUUUGGGUCCGUGUUCACGCUGGGCGCCGCGGCUGGCGGCCUCAGCGCCAUGCUGCUCAACGACCUGCUGGGCCGGAAGCUGAGCAUCAUGUUCUCGGCGGUGCCCUCGGUGGCCGGCUACGCGCUCAUGGCAGGCGCCCGCGGCCUCUGGAUGUUGCUGCUGGGCAGGACGCUGACGGGCUUUGCCGGAGGGCUCACAGCGGCCUGCAUCCCGGUGUACGUGUCUGAGAUCGCCCCCCCGGGCGUGCGCGGGGCUCUGGGUGCCACGCCCCAGCUCAUGGCGGUGUUUGGCUCUCUGUCUCUGUACGCCCUCGGCCUCCUGCUGCCUUGGCGCUGGCUGGCCGUGGCCGGGGAGGGCCCCGUGGUCGUCAUGGUCCUGCUGCUCAGCUUCAUGCCCAGCUCCCCGCGCUUCCUCCUCUCGCGGGGCCGGGACUCGGAGGCGCUGCAGGCGCUGGCCUGGCUGCGCGGGGCCGACGCCGACAUCUGCCGGGAGUUUCAGCAGAUCCAGGACAACGUCCAGAGACAGAGCAGCCGCAUGUCGUGGGCCGAGGCCCGGGACCCCCGCAUGUACCGGCCCGUCGCCAUCGCCGUGCUCAUGCGCUUCCUGCAGCAGCUGACGGGCAUCACGCCCGUGCUGGUCUACCUGCAGCCCAUCUUCAACAGCACCGCCGUGCUGCUGCCCCCCGAGGAGGACGCGGCCAUCGUAGGGGCCGUGAGGCUCCUGUCCGUGCUCAUUGCAGCCCUCACCAUGGACCUGGCCGGCCGCAAGGCCCUGCUCUUCGUCUCAGCCUCCGUCAUGUUCUGCGCCAACCUGACGCUGGGGCUGUACGUGCACCUGGGCCCCAAGGCGCUGACCCCGAACAUCACCGUGGGCCUGGAGAGCGCACCCCCGGGGGACACGGAGCAGCCCCUGGCCGCGCCCACCAGCCCCCUCACCCUGGUGCCCCUGCUGGCCACCAUGCUCUUCAUCAUGGGCUACGCCAUGGGCUGGGGGCCCAUCACCUGGCUGCUGAUGUCGGAGAUCCUGCCCCUGCGGGCCCGCGGCGCCGCCUCGGGGCUCUGUGUGCUGGUCAGCUGGCUCACCGCCUUCGCCCUCACUAAGUCCUUCCUGCUGGUGGUGAACGCCUUCGGCCUUCAUGUGCCUUUCUACUUCUUCUCCGCCGUCUGCCUGGCGAACCUGGUGUUCACCGGCUGCUGCGUGCCCGAGACCAAGGGCCGGUCGCUGGAGCAGAUCGAGACCUUCUUCCGCACUGGGAGGCGGUCCUUCCUGCGCUAGGCCAGGCCUCCGAGUCGGCCACUGACCUGCACCGGAGCCCCGGAGGCGGCAGCCACCUGCCCUCGGCCAGACUGCCCCCCACCACGAGCUCCCUGGCGCAGGACGGCCAGCAGCUCCGUCCGGCUGGGCCCCACCUUGACCGCGGGCGGCCCGAGGUGCCGUUCACACGGCAGCCAAGACCCGCGGAUGGACGUGGCGGCCCGCACCGCAGGGGAGCGCCGGGCCCGGACUGCGGCAGAGGCCACGCUGGCCGCCCUGCCCGGGGGGCCAUGAUGAGGACAGAGACUGGGCGGGGAGUGCAGGGGCUCCUGCAGGGGCGGUGUCCCGUCACCCCGCUCCGACCCCGGGCCACCCCUGAGCGG